UUUCAUGGACUGUCAGCUCUAUCAGUUUCACUACAUUAAUGAGGAAAAGAACUGGACUGAAGCUCAGCAGUACUGCAGAGAGAAACACACUGACCUGGUCACAGUGACUAACAUGAAGGACAUGAAGAGACUCAUCAGCAAAUCACCAGGAACAAUGACAGAAGCUUGGAUUGGUCUGUAUGAUCAAACAAACGCACAGAGAACAUGGCACUGGUCUCAGCCUGGAGUGGAGUUCAAUGUGAAUAAAACAGAAUGGAACCAUGAUGAGCCAAAUGAUAUAUAUAUUGAAAACUGUGGCUUUAUUUCAGAAAGUCUAAAGUGGGGCGACAUCUCUUGCAACAGACAGAAGUACUUUCUCUGCUAUAAUGAAAGAAAAACUUCAGAUAAAUUCUAUCUGAUAAAACAAAAUAAGACCUGGCUGGAAGCUCAGAGUUACUGCAGAAAGGAGCACACAGACCUGGUCAGUGGACUGGACCAGGUGACUGAUGAACAACUGAGGAAUGUAUUGAACUCGACAGGCAACCUGCAAAACGGACUACAAUAUGUGUUUAUGGGCCUGAUCAGAGACACCUGGAGGUGGUCAGAUGGAAGCAGUUUCUCUUUCAGACACUGGAAUCUACAGUUUAAUGAUGAGAAAUUCAACAGCGGUCAAUGCGCCCUGGUUGAAUUCAGUGGUGAAGGCAGAUGGAAGAAUGAGAGCUGUGAUGUUACAAAACCUUUCAUCUGUUAUGAUGAUAAACUGAUCCUGAUCAACAAAAAUAAAACCUGGGAGGACGCCUUAUACCACUGCAGAGAUCACUACCAUGACCUGGUCACCAUCAUCAACAUGGAUGACCAAAUAUGGGUCCAGGAGAAAGUCAGGAAGGCCACAAGUCCUCUAGUCUGGAUGGGUCUGCGUUACACCUGCACUCUGGAUUUUUGGUUCUGGGUCAGUGAUGAGGUGGUCAGCUAUAAGAACUGGGCCAAAGGUGAACCGAUGGACGACUGUGACAUGUCAGGAGCCAUGGAGACGGGAAGACCAUAUCAGUGGUUCAAAACAUUUGAUCAUAUGCAGUUUAAUUUUGUCUGCUAUGUGUCUUAAUUAUUACAUUUUUUUUUUGCUCUGUUAAAACCACAUGUAAACUAUUGAUACAAAUUUGCCACCACCCAGUUCCUGUUUUCACUCAGUCAUGGUGUGUAUUCUGUUAUUGCCUGUUUAUGCAUAGUACAGUCAUAUCAAAAGUAAUUUGCACUUAGCAGCUUUGUAAAGCUAAAAAAGCUCCAUAUCCAGGCUUAUCAGUAAGCGCUUCACUCAAUGGAGAAAGAAUCUGAGAUGAAGAGAAGCACACACACUUCCAAAUUGUGCGUAAAGAAAGUAUGGUGGUUUUAGUUCUCUAGGGUAUAUUUCUAAUUAAAAUAUAUAUCUCUUUCAGCAUGAAGAUUUCAAACUAAUGCUAAUGUUGUUUUUCCGUGAGAAACUGAAUUGCAUAAUUAAAGAUGGAUUCUUUCAGGUUUCAA